UAACCACGAAAUAACUGUCACCAUAAAUAUUCAAGAACAUGUUAAGACCUUCUGGGAUUGGUUUUGUAUUCUAUAAAAAAUAAGAGCUAAGCCGCUCAAAAGCCAAUUUAAUGUUUCUUUGACAUCUGUUGUUAAUGUUUUUCAUUGUAUUCUUAUUUGCUUAGUCGUGGAGCCAUAACACGAAAAAUUGAUUGAUAAUACUCUUGAAUAUAUCGUUAUCGCGCCGACGUUGAACUUUUAACCUUGGUUAUACCAACAUCAUUACGAAGUCGAAAGUUAUAAAGGUGUCGUGGAACUUCUUGCCUGAGACAGUUUAGUAGUACUACUAGUAGUACUAGUAUUUGAAAUGAGUCAAAGUCAAGAGAAGGUCCACGUCCACAACAAGGUGACGAAGACCAUAGUGUCUUCACCGCACAUAUACAAGCCCGUUGGACCUUACAGCCAGGCCAUCCUCGUGGACAACAAGACACUGUACGUGUCAGGCACGCUGGGCCUGGAUGCCCAGGCACAGCUGGUCUGCGGCGGCGCUGAGGCCCAGACGAGGCAGGCGCUCACCAACAUGAAGCACGUGCUGGAGGCCGGCGGCGCUUCGUUGGACUCCGUCAUUAAGACCACCAUCCUACUGCAGGACAUGGCGGAUUUCCAGGCCGUCAAUCAGGUUUACUCAGAAUUUUUCCCUAAAGACUGCCCAGCGCGUGCGACGUACCAGGUGGCCAAGCUGCCGGCGGGAGCGGCCGUCGAGAUCGAGGCCAUCGCGCUCAGCGGCGACCUCGUCGUCGCCGAGGCGGGCCCGUGCCCGUGCUCGAAGGAAUGACUAGCCGGAGACCACAAAAUUGCAUCCAAAAUAUAAAAUUCCACCCUAUUCUCACGUGAAUAUACGAGUUUUAAUACUGA